UCCGCUCCUUCAUAAUUAAACAAAACAAAACAAAAACAAAAAUUCGUAAGCUCCUCUUCUUCAGCUUUUCGGCUCCGAUUGCAGGCUUAGCUAUCCGAAUCCGCCAUGGCUGUUGCAUCCGACGAAGCUCACAAAAUAUGCACUCACUGUGAGAGAGAUAUCCCGGCUGCGAAUAUUGAUUUGCAUUAUGCUCAUUGUAUUCGCAAUCUGGCGAAAUGUGAAGUUUGUGGUGACAUGGUUCCAAAGAAACAUGCUGAGGAACAUUACGCAGACAACCAUGCCCCGGUAUCUUGUUCACUUUGUAGUGAGACAAUGGAACGUGAUACAUUGGCCAUCCACAAAGGUGAAAUAUGCCCUAAUAGACUCGUCAAUUGUGAGUUCUGUGAGUUCCCAUCGUAUGCUGUUGAUCUAGCUGACCAUCUGAAAGAUUGUCGCAAUCGGACAGAUUAUUGUUCUCAAUGUCAAACUUAUGUCAUACGUAAAGAAAGAUAUAACCAUGAGGCUAGUUGCAAUGUUGUCUCAGACAAUACUGUGGGACCUUCCAGGGAUGUCAGGGAAGCUGAAAGAGGGCAAGGUCCCCAAAGAAGAAGACAGCCUAAUGAGUUUUCACGGAGAGGGCUUGUGUUUACCGUUGCAUUAACAGGCAUUGCUGUUCUAUUAGGAUCUCUUUUUUUCCAGAAGAAGACAGAGGGCAGUCAAGUAAAUUAGCUGCUGAGUAACUAUAGUUUCUGUAAAUCUUUACGAAGCUUGUACUUUUUUUUCCCGUAUAUCUUACUGUACUUUUGUAAGCGUAUUGAAAUCCCACGACUCAUCUUAAGCCCGGACUGAUUAUGCUCUAUUGACAUGCUUUAUAUUCUGUGGAGAACUGACUGAUGAGCAAUUCGAUAGAAUUUCCUUGCCAUUAAAGAGAACAGAUUUAAGAUUGAGGGGCGUCUCAAUAGGCUCGUAGCAGUUAUAGGUAU